AUGGAAAUGGAAACGAUCAUCCAGCUCAAAGAAGCAUUGUCCUCUGGGGACUCGAGCGUGUGUCGGUUGUGCUUGUCGCCUGAUGUGACUUCAGAACCACUGACGCAAGACCCAUCGGACCAAUAUCUUGUACAAAAAAUCUUCGAUUGUACAAGCAUUCAGAUUGUACCCUUAACAGGCAUUUCUUCGGUCUUGUGUACCGACUGCAAAACACGCGUGGAGGACUUUUAUCUGUUUCGUUACCAAUGUAUUAAAAACAACGACGUUCUCAACGAAUUUGCUGCACAAAUCAGCAAAUCGCUAUUGGACGAACCAGAAUCAGAGAAAACAGUGUAUUCAAACGAGCUUGUGCAACAAAGUAAUAGUUCAACAAUGCUUGCACUAAGGUGUAAAGAACGUAUAGUUGAUUAUAGGAGUAACCAACAGAAUCAAAAGUGUAACAACGCUCAAGAACCAAACAUGGUGCACGAGUUCCAUAACCAUGACGGUAUCAAUCUGCCGGAAGAAAACGACCUAACACCCAAGCCGUUUCAGUGCAAAACUUGUCAUAAAUCUUUCAAUGCACCUUCAAGCUUGCUCAUACAUAGAAGAAUUCAUACCAAUGACAGACGGUAUCAAUGUUCACAAUGUCCCGCCAAGUUCUACGACUCAUCUUCCCUUAAAACACACAUACGCUAUCAUACCGGCGAAAGGCCUUACGUCUGUAAAGUUUGCGACAAAGCGUUCUAUACGCCCGCCCAUCUAAGAACUCAUGCCAAAAUCCAUAACAAGGACGAACAGCAUCAAUGCAGCUACUGUCCUGCUAGCUUCACUCAACCUGCACAGCUCAAGAUUCACAUUCGUACGCACACCGGUGAAAGACCUUUCAUGUGCGAAAUUUGUGGUAAUGCGUUCUACUCAGCAGGAGAUCUUAACAAACACGUUAAAAAUCAUACAAAAAAAUCCACAAUUUCUUUAACCGAUUCAUAUAAAAAUACCGUGCAAUAA